AUGGGAUCAACACUACCGCCCGUCGCUUUCAUCGGCCUCGGUGCUAUGGGCUUUGGCAUGGCCACGAAUCUGAUUCGUCUCGGAUACCCGGUUACGGGUUUUGACGUCUACAAGCCGACUCUCGACCGGUUCAAGGAGGCCGGGGGCCAAGUCGCAACAAGUCCCGCAGAGGCAGUUGCGGGAAAACAAAGCUGUGUAUGCAUGGUUGCAACUGCCGAGCAAGCUCAAGGGGUACUGUUUGAUGGCGACAAUGCCGCUGUGCCGGCUCUACCUCAGGGUGCCGCUCUGCUGUUAUGCUCGACGGUGCCAUGUGGCUACGUUCAAAGCCUCGAACAGAUGCUUAUCAGCAAGGGCAGAGGCGACAUCGCGCUGAUCGACUGUCCUGUCUCUGGUGGCGCUGGGCGAGCAGCCGACGGUACUCUUUCAAUAAUGGCAGGUGGUGCUGACGCCUCUAUUCAGAAGAGCCUUUCCCUUUUGCAAGCCAUGUCGGAUCCUGCCAAGUUGUACGUGGUUAAGGGGGGCAUUGGGGCAGGAAGCAACAUGAAGAUGUGCCAUCAAGUUCUUGCUGCCAAUCAGAUUCUCUCUGCCAGCGAGGCGUUGGGAUUUGCAAGUCACCUGGGUCUUGAUCUGGCAAAGACUAGCCAGGCAAUUCUUAAAUCAGAAGGGUGGAGUUGGAUGUUUGAAAACCGUCUGCCCCGGCUCCUCCACCCUGAAUUCCAGCCUGUUGCCAGCGCUGUUACGAUCAUCCUCAAGGACACCAGCAUCAUCACUUCAGAGGCCAGAAGAGCACGUUUUCCAGCCUCGAUGACGACAGCAGCUGAACAAGUCUAUUUCAGCAGUCUCUCCAGAGGGUUUGGGACCGACGACGAUAGUAGUUUGCUUCGACUGUACAUCCAAGGAAAGAACAGUAUUGGGCCCGUGAAGCCACUGGUUGAAACGGACGAAGCAAAGAUCAACCUGGUAGUAAACCUCCUUAGGGGAAUCCACGUUUGCGCUGCCGCCGAGGCGAUCGCGUUUGCGCAUCACGUUGGGUUGGACUUGGACCAGGUGCUCGAGUUGUGCUUGAAUGCCGCUGGCGGAAGCAGUAUGCUUUCAAGCUUUGGCAGGAUCUUUGUGGACGCUUCUAGGGAUGGACGGGCAUCAUCCGGGUGGACCGCACACGACAACGAAACUACUCUUCAGACUCUUGCCCAGGAACUACGAAGUUCCAUAAACGAGGGACAAAGGCUUAAACUGCCCCUGUUCCUGGGCACUCAAGCAUACAACCUUGUGGAAGGGGUGCUUCAUGCUGCAAAGGAAGACACGCAUCGCUUGGCAAUUGGAUCUAUUAUUUCUAGCUGGGCAGCAUAA